AAAGGCCGGGGCGUCUCACGUGGGGCCCUGUCGGCGACGCGGCGGAGUCCCGGAGGCCCGAGACCUCGAGGGCCGGCGCCGACUCCUGACCGUCGCCCGCCGCCAUCUUGCACCCGGAGGGGGCCGCGGCGGGCGGGGGAGCGUCCCCUGCGGCCGGGCUUGGGCCCAGGGCUGAAUGCGGCGGAGGGCGGGCCCGGGCGGGGGCCCUGCGGCCGAGCGGGGCCGUAACUGCCCGGCCCGGCGGAGGUCAGAGCUAAGAAGUGAAGUCAUGGAUCAACCUUCGCGUAAAGAAAAAUCCAAAGUUAAAGAACCUGUCAGCAGAGUUGAGAAGGCCAAGCAGAAAUCAGCCCAGCAGGAGCUGAAGCAAAGACAAAGAGCAGAGUUCCAUCCCCGCUGCCUACCCUGCGUCAUAGUUCUUGCCGCCUCCUUCCUGGACUAUCGUCAUGUUGCGUCGUAAGUGGCCCUAAUCUCUUCUUCCACUUUAUCCCUCACAUGGUCUCCAGUCAGCCCUCCCAAAGCAGAGAUAGCAUCAGGUUGCUUCCCCGCACACUAAUCUCGCUGGCUCUCCAGAGUCUGGCCCAAGUCCAGAGGCCGUGUCGUGGCAUGUCAGGCUCCAACACACUUGUCACUUCCUCCGGCUCUCCAAACUCUCUAAUAUCCUUCAUAUUGGCAUCGUUGACGUUUCCAGAACUAAUCCUGUACUUUUCCAUUUUGUUUGUUUCAUCAUACUACCCCCUGGCCAUCACCUCUCAUGUCCCUUCCCCCGUCUCUAAGUGUUCGAAUCCUCCCGACCCUUCAAAACCCAGAUCGAGCUGCGUCUCUCCUGACCGUCCAGAUGGACGGUUCCCUUCGCGCCGCGCCUGCAUCACUGCCGCGGUGCUGGCGUCGCCAAAUGCCCUAGCCUGUGGCGUCUGAGGACGCGGGGAGCGGCUGCCUCCCCUGCUGACGGAUCUUUCUCUCCC